AUGGGAGCGCGGCGCCGCGCGGAGGGGGCGUGGCCACGGCACGGACCGAGACCGAACCGGGACCGGGACAAGAGCCUGGCCGUGAUUGGUGCUGGGAUCGGGACCAGGAACCGGGACGGGAACCGGGACCGGGACAGGAACCGGGAUGGGGGGCGGGAUCAAGGUUGGCACCGGGACCGGGACCGGGACCGCGGCCGGUACCGAGAUCAGGACACAGAUCUGGAUCAGGACCAGGAUCGGGAUCGGAACCAGGACAUGGAUCGGGACCGGAACACGAACCGGGACGGGGAUGAGGACCGGAACCGGAACCGGGAGCGGGCCCCGGAGCCGCCGUGCCCCAGCCCGGAGCGGCCCCGGUCCCGGCCCGGCCCCACCCGCUGGGGCAUCUGCUCGGCCGGGGCCAUCAGCCACGACUUCGUGCUGGCGCUGCGGACGCUGCCCCCCGAGGAGCACACGGUGGCGGCGGUGGCCGCGCGGGAUUUGGGGCGCGCCCGCGACUUCGCGCAGCAUUUUGGGGUGCCCCGGGCGUACGGAUCCUACGAGGAGCUGGCCCAGGACCCCGGCGUGGACGUGGUGUACGUGGGGGUGGUGAACCCCGCGCACCUGCCCGUGGGGCUGCUGUUCCUGCGCCGGGGCCGCCCGGUGCUCAUGGAGAAGCCGAUGGCGCCCGGGGCGCGCGAGGUCGCGCAGCUCGUGGGGACGGCGCGGGACGAGGGCGUGUUCCUCAUGGAGGGUUUCUGGACCCGUUUUUUCCCCGCCUGGCGCCGCCUGCGCUCGCUGGCCCGGGGGGGGGCGCUGGGGUCGCCCCUGGUGCUGCGGGGGGAGCUCGGCUUCGACCUGGGGGGGGUCCCGCGGCUGCGCGAGCCCGGCUCGGGGGUCCUGCUGGACCUGGGGGGCUACGGGAUCCAAACGGCCCUGGCCAUGCUGGGGGGGGCGCGGGGGCAGCCCCCUCCCCAAAUCACAGCCUGCGGCGUGCUGCACCCCACCGGCGUGGACGAGUCGGUGUCGGUGUCGCUCUCGUUCCCGGGGGGGAACCUCGCCUCGCUCGUUUUCUCCAUGGCCGCGGCGCUGCCGGGGGGGGCGGCGCUGGGGGGGCCGCGCGGCUGGGCCGAGCUGCCGACCCACAUGAACUGCCCCACGGAGCUGCUCUGGGGGGGGCGCCGCGAGCGAUUCCCGCUGCCCCCCCCGGCCGAGCCCCUCAACUUCCCCCACAGCACCGGGCUGCGCUACGAGGCCCAGCACGUGCGGGAGUGCCUGCUGCAGGGGCUGACCGAGAGCCCCGAGAUGCCGCUGGCCGAGAGCGAGGUCAUCGCGCGGCUGCUGGACCAGGCCCGCGAACAGGUGGGGCUGAAAACGGCCGGAGUGACCGCGGGAGUGACCACUGACCCUCCGGAGUGA